UCUAUAAAGCCCUAGCUUAUAACGUGUGUUCCUAGGUCCCCAUUCUUUGUUUGCUUCCUGGAAAUCUCUCCAGCUCCUGUUGCGGCGGCAGCGCUUAGUGAGAUUUUACUGGCAUUUGGGAUGAAUCGGAGUGGGGCGAGGUGAGAUUUCCGAUCUGAGAGAGCGAGCUUAGCAUUUCGAUUAGAGUGGGACCGAUUUGGAUCUGCGAGGAGGGAGAGCCGAUCUAUCCGAGGGAUAUUUCUUUGUCGCUCGCGCUGGAUCGAUCUCGAUCGCGAUGAAGUUUGGCAAGCAGUUUGAGACGCAGCAGGUCCCGGAAUGGAGGGAGGCGUACUUGGACUACCGGCACGGCAAGGAGAUUGUCAAGCAUAUGGCCAAGAUCAAGAAGCAAAGCCAUGAGGAGAGCGAGGCGCAGCUCUCCAGGAGGAUCUCAAACUUCCGGAGGCUCGUCAGCGGAUUCCAACAUGCGCAUUCGCCGCGGGGGGCGCGAUCGCCGACCUCUCCGGAAGCACGGGAGGAAGAGAUGAUCCUGAUCGAGCCAAAGCAAACUAGCGAUGGCAUGGAGUUCCAGACAGCGUUCUUGGGUGUUGGUAGCCCGCACAACGAGCUCGAGAGAACGUUCUUUCGGCUGCUCGAUGAGGAGCUGGCCAAGCUCAACAAGUUUUACAAGUCCAAGGAGAAGGAGCUCGUGACGCAGGCGACGGCGCUGGAUUCCCAGAUGGAAGCUCUCCUCUCGGCAAAGAAAUCCGUGGACAACUUAGACGCUGGAAACGGGGAGAGCAACGCUAGCAGCCAUGGCCGCCUGUCCGUGGUGGAGGAAGAUGGAGGGAGCGUGCGACAGAUAAAGAUUGACAUCCCUGCGGCGAAGCCAGCCGACGCGCUGGCUGCUCUCUUCGCGGAGCUGGCCAACAAGUCCAUCACGAACUUAAACUCGCGGCGACUGAAGCGAGCCGAGGAGAUGCUUCAGAACGCCUUCGUGGAGUUUUACAAGGGACUUUACAUCUUGAGAAACUUUUGCUCGUUGAACAUAAUUGCGUUUUCGAAGCUCCUGAAAAAAUACAACAAGGUUACUCAGCGGAACCUUGGAAGGAAGUACAUGAAAGCCGUAGAAGAUUCACACAUCGGACAAUCUGAGAUUAUCCAAAAGCUUAUGGAAAAAGUAGAGGUACUGUUCACCAAGCAUUUCACGGAUUCAAACCGUCGCGACGCGAUGCAAGUUCUGAGACCCGAGGCCCGGAAGGAGAGGCACCGGAUAUCAUUCUUUGUAGGUGUAUUCUUUGGUCUCUCUGUUGCUCUUCUAGUGUCUCUCGUUUUAACCAUUCGCGUCGAGAGGCUAUAUGUUCGUGAAUAUGCUAUGACAUACAUGGAUGCAGUGUUCCCGAUUUUCAGUAUGCUUACAGCAGUACUGCUACACUUCUUCCUCUACGGACUAAACAUAUAUAUGUGGAGAAGGACCAGAAUAAAUCACACGUUUAUUCUUGGGCUCAACCGAAAGUCCGAGCUACGCUUCCGAGAUGUGUUUUUGCUCGCAACGGGGCUGAGUACAUUAGCUCUGAGUGGGUUGAUACUACACUUGCAAUUGACGGCUGGUGAGAGAUGCUGCCAAACAUAUCAGGAAAUCAUCCCGCUCCUCGUUGUCGCUGGAAUGGUCGUGCUUCUCUGUAUGCCAUUCAACAUACUCUACCGCGCCACCCGUUACUUUUUCCUGAACGCCCUUUGGCAUUGCCUAUUGACGCCAUUCUACAAGGUUAUCAUCACGGAUUUUCUUCUCGCAGACCAGCUUACGAGUCAGGUUCCGGCACUGAGAGAUCUGGAAUACGUUCUAUGCUACUUCGGCGGUGGAUUUUUCAAGGACCGCAACAGCAAUGCCUGCCUCAAGAACCCGACCUUCAUCACGUUUGGAUUCGUCAUGGCGUUGCUACCUUACUGGUGCCGUUUCUCGCAGUGUCUACGGCGUUGGUACGAUGAGAAGGAUGUGAUGCAGCUGUACAACGCUCUCAAAUACUUCUCGGCGAUCCUGGCCGUGGCAGCGAGGCUGGCCUACGGAUACCACAAGGAUCCACUGCUGCUGGGCUUCACCAUCGCCAUCUCCGCCACAGCAGCCAUCGUCUCAACUUACUGGGAUUUAGUCUACGACUGGGGCCUUCUCGAGCGAAACUCCGCCAAUCCCUGGCUCAGGGAGAAGCUCGCUAUCCCAUACAAGUCGGUCUACUACUUCGCCAUUGUGUCCAACAUUUUGCUGAGAUUCGCAUGGCUCCAAUCCUUGAUACCGAUUUCGAUGCCAGGGAUAAAUCCCAAGGGGCUGUCGCUCAUCGUGGCUAGCCUGGAAGUUAUCAGGCGUGGACAAUGGAACUAUUACAGGCUGGAGAACGAGCAUUUCAACAACGUUGGAAAGUUUCGUGCUGUCAAGUCGGUGCCUCUGCCGUUUGUGGAUUGAUGUUUUUCCCUCCCUUUUUUUUUGUAAACGGAAUCUUUUGUAAAUAGACGGAAUGUUCUGACCU